GUGAGUUUGUCAUGCCGUACUGUGACCGCCAGGGGGCAGGCCAUCACCCCGAAUACGAACCCAUCCGAUGUUUUUUCUGCUACCCUUCACAAUAUAAAGGCGACGUUUAGGGAUAAAACUUGCAACUCAUGGCAUGGAUGACUCAAUUAUCCAUAGGCCUGUGGUCGGAUACGAAAAGCAAGUAGACUGUAGUGAAGUUCCCAGUACUGUAUCCUUUGGCUAUUCGCGCAUCAAGUCCUUUCCCAUUGGCGAAUUUGGCCGAGAAUUUUUGACUUUUUUUUUUCCUUUUUUUAAUUCUUUAAGUUUGUAAGGUAGCUUAAGGACUAAAUGCAUCUGUGUCCAACAACCAUACAGCGUUAUAACACUCGUUGGGAAAUAAAUGUCCAGCUUCUCCGGGACCCUUUUGAAAUGCUGACUAUUUAGCGUCAAAGGACAACCCCUGAAAAGCCCUCACGACACGAGGAAAACUCAUCUGCGUCGCCUUGAUCGGUUCAUGAGAGGGGCACAUCUUGACCAAGGUGUGCUGAGAUCCGAGAAAAAAAAUGAUGGCAGCGAGUUUAACAGCGGAGGAAGAACAGGCUACCAAACAGUUCCUGGAAGAGAUCAACGAGUGGACCAGCCAACAUGGAGUGUCUCCUCUGUCCUGGGAGUUGGCCGUCAAGUUUCUCAUGGCCCGCAAGUUUGAUGUCCUCCGGGCCAUAGAGCUGUUCCACAACUACAGGGAGACGCGGCUGAAGGAGGGCAUCGUCCGGCUCCAGCCCGAGGAGGAACCCCUGCGCUCCGAGCUCCUCAGCGGGAAGUUCACCGUGCUGAGCGUACGGGACCCGUCGGGAGCCUCCAUCGCCCUGUACACGGCCAAGCUCCACCACCCCAACAAGACGGGGAACCACGUGGUGCUGCAGGCCCUCUUCUACCUGCUGGACCGAGCUGUGGAGAGCUUCGAGACCCAGAGGAACGGCCUGGUGUUCAUCUAUGACAUGGCCGGCUCCAACUAUACAAACUUUGAGCUGGACCUCAGCAAGAAGAUCCUCAAUUUACUGAAGGGGGCGUUCCCGGCUAGGCUAAAGAAGGUUCUGAUCGUUGGAGCCCCCGUGUGGUUCCGUGUGCCCUACAACCUGCUGAGCCUGCUGCUCAAGGAGAAGUUGAGAGAGAGGGUCCAGAUGGUCCGGAUGCCGGAGCUGCGGCAGCACCUCCCCAGGGACUGUCUGCCCCAGCACCUUGGCGGCUUGCUGCCCCUGGACGCCUACAGCUGGAACCAGCAGCUGCUGGCGGGGCAGAACGGCCGCGUGGACCCCGUGGACGAGCUGGUGGGCCUCCCCCUGGACGAGACCUCCGUCCACUGCGCGGCCCCGGGGCCCGACGCCAUGAGGCCCCCGGACCUGCUGGCCCACCUGGGCCGUCUGCAGCGGCUGGGCAUCCACCAGGAGUACGAGGAGAUCCGCAACGACCCCCCGGCCGGGACCUUCCACUGCGCACUAGCUGCCUGCAAUCAGGAGCGGAAUCGCUAUGGCGACGUGCUUUGCCUGGACCAGACCAGAGUGCGUUUACAAGCCCGAAGGAGUGAGAGAUCGGACUACAUCAACGCCAGCUUCAUGGAUGGCUACAAACAGAAGAAUGCAUACAUCGGUACUCAAGGUCCACUAGAAAAGACCUACGGUGAUUUCUGGAGGAUGAUCUGGGAGCAGAAUGUACUCGUCAUCGUCAUGACUACUAGGACGGACGAGGGCGGGCGGCAGAAGUGUGGGCAGUACUGGCCGCUGGAAGAGGGGGGCCAGGAGGUGUACGGCCACAUGGCGGUGGUCAACCAGAGGGUGGACCACCACCCCCACUACAACCACAUCUCCCUGGAGCUGCACAACACCGAGACGUGUGAACAGAGGCAGCUCAGUCACUUCCAGUACCUGAGCUGGCCAGACUACGGGGUGCCCACCUCGGCCGUGACUCUCAUCGACUUCCUGGGGGCCGUGAAGAGGCAGCAGAAGGCCGUGGUGAAGAGUUUGGGCCCCCAGUGGGCCGGACACCCACUGGGGCCCCCCAUGGUGGUCCACUGUAGCGCGGGGAUCGGGAGGACGGGUACGUUCUGUGCCCUGGACAUCUGCCUGUCCCAGCUGCAGGACAUCGGCACGCUCAACGUGCGGCAGACGGUGCGCCGCAUGAGGAGCCAGAGGGCCUUCAGCAUCCAGACCCCAGACCAGUACUUCUUCUGCCACAACGCCAUCCUGGAACACGCCCAGCGGCAAGGCCUGCUGCCGGCCAAUCAGUGAGCCUCUUCUGCCAACCCCCAACCAAUCCCGCGGUUUCCCAGCAUCCACCUGGACAAAUCGAUGCAGUCCGUGCUUCUUUUUUUUCUUUUUUCUUUUUGGAAGAUAGUUCGACAGCCAGACGAAGAAGGAGGGGAGGGGCGGCGUGAGGGAAUCUAACAUUUAUUUUUGACAUUUACCAAUGUAGCAAGCAACAACUUAGCCGGUCAAUAACAAUGUUCAUUCUUUAUUCCGUGUUUCCUGACAAACCAGUUAUUCGUGUGCUGUGGUAGACAAACCGAUCUCCUCUGUUGCAUUCAGGCUGCUCUGAGUGAAGAGUACAGUGCUCAUAGAUGUGUGCUACAGCUUAGUGUUUAGGAGCCUACAAUAACCACAUAGUUAAGAGUACCAUAGUGCCACCGAGAGAGGAACAACUUUGCCUCUUUCUCUCUCUCUUCCCACUGCAGUUUUUCCAUAAGAGCUACACGGUUGAUGCUGAUGUUUUAAAGUAAGGAUGAAUGUAUAGUAGGCACCGCAAGCUAGCUUUGACUCACGCCAAUAGUACUGCUGAAUCCAGUGCUGAAAAAAUGAAUCGGUCCAUCUCACAAUUCCUUACAUCCGAAUAAUCAGUUGAUCCAAGGGCUUAUUGGUCGUCAUUCCUGUUUUCCAUUAUUGCUGUGUACCAUUUUUUUCUAUCAUAAUCUUUUUUUAUUCACUGUCUCUGAUUGUCAGUACAGACAAAAAAAUGGUUGGUUGAAGAAGUAAGCAGGCGCAAGUAAGCAGGCGCAGCCCCUAGACUGUGUGCUCCUAAAUGGCGUAACUAUAUCAACUUUUGAACUUAUUAUGCGAUUUUUAAAAACAAACUAUGCAGGGGAUAGCUAACUGCUUUCUAUUAACUGCGGCGUGUCCAGUCUUUUAGUAGGGAUGGCCCAGGAGGGGUGAC